CUCUCAAACCUUCUUCUCUCUUGAGUUCUUUUAUUUCACAAGCUACUUUGGGAGAUAAAAUGGAGUCUUCUUCGGAUUCCCUCCGGAACAAGUGUGCUGCAUGUUAUAGACAGUUCAACAGAAUGGAGCAUCUGGUGGAACACAUGAGGACAUCGUACCACUCGGUUCACGAACCCACCUGUGGAGUUUGCGGCAAACAUUCCCGAUCAUUCGAGUCCAUGAGAGAGCAUCUCAUCGGGCCAUUGCCAAAGGCAGAGUGUGAGAGGAUAUUCAAAGACCGGGGAUGCGACAUUUGCUUAGGCAUCUUUGGCAGCCGAAAUGCUCUUAGGAAUCACCGGGAGUCUUGCCAACUCUCUCGCGGAAACGGUUUAUUUCCUCGGAUGGCUAACCUAGGCAUUUCCAAUGACAUGAGGAUCGAAAACAAUCGAUCAAAGGUGGUUGCACUCGCCUGCAAAAUGGUCGGUGGUGGAAGCGAUGGAUCCUUUGAUCUCUGUGCUAGGGUAUGCCUCACCGACGAAUAUGAGAACAUCAUCUUUCAAACUUAUGUCAAGCCUCUUCUUCCGGUCACCAACUAUAGGUAUGAGACAACGGGGAUUCGACCGGAGUUCUUGAGAGAUGCAAUGCCAGUGAGGCAAGUGUCGAGGAAGAUCCAGGAUUUUUUGUGCAAUGGUGAACCAAUUUGGAAGAUUCGGUCAAAAGGUGGAAGAGCUAGGAUUCUUGUGGGUCAUGGCUUGGACCAUGAUCUUAAAUGUUUAGACCUGGAAUAUCCUGCAAUCAUAAUCAGGGACACAGCAGAAUAUCCUCCACUGAUGAAAACAAGCAAGCUCAGCAACUCCCUGAAGUACCUAACAAAAGCAUACCUUGGGUAUGAUAUCCAAAAUGGAAUUCAAGAUCCAUACGAAGACUGUGUUGCUACAAUGAGGCUUUACAUGAGAAUGAGAUCCCAAAAUCACGAAGUGGAAGACUACCCACUUGCUACCGACCCGCAAAACAGGAACAAUUUUGCACAGUGGAGGCAGGGUGAACUGGAGAGGAUGAGCCCAGAGGAAAUGCUGGAAAUCUCGAGGUCUGAUUACUACUGUUGGUGCUUGGACUCCAGGGGAUGAAGAAGAUCGAUUUUCGUUCGAAAAAAAAGCCAUAGAUAUCAGAGGGAACGAAAACUGCUGGAGCUAGCUAGUGAGCUUAUAAUAAUAUGAUUCAAGAAAAAAUAAAGAAAAAAUGGGACUUUGUUCUGUUUCCAUUUUAUGAUACAUGUUUUACGUGUAGCAAAUUCAUGUAGCGUGUGGUGGCUAUUAGUGUGUGAGACUUCGUAAUGAAUAAUUUCACUUAUCAGUGAUGGUAUUGAAUAAUUUCACUUAUCGGUGAAGGUAAUGAAUAAUUUCACUUAUCGGUGAAGGUAUUUGAUGA